GUGAAAUGGAAGAGGACAAGCCAGACAAAGAUGUCAAUCUCGGAGAACACUGAGGGAGAAGAAGAAGAAGACGAAGGAGAAGAUGACAUGAUGUCACAAGGAUCCAAGGCAGCCAGCUCCGGACCAGAGGGUGGAUCAGAAUCACUAGGAGGAGGAGGAGAAGAAGAGGAAGACAAAGAGGAAACUGAUCUUCAGUGGUUGCAGGAUUAUGUCCAAGAAUUGGAGAGGCACGCGAUGAAUAGGAUUUUUCAUGAUUACUUGGACAAGUUUAUCGUAGUGUACCUCGACGAUAUUCACAUCUUUAGUAGGACUGUAGAGGAGCACGCUGAGCACUUGAAAACAGUGCUAAGUCUCCUAAGACAGCACCAGUACAAGGUUAACUUGGAGAAAUGCGAGUUUGGUCACACCAAGAUCUUGUACUUGGGUCAUGAAAUCUCAGCAGAUGGACUGAGGCCGGAUGAUGCCAAGGUGGCCAGCAUACGUGACUGGCCCAGACCUCGGACUGUUACUGAGGUCAGAUCGUUUUUGGGGAUGACAGGCUACUAUUGUCCGUUUGUGAAGAACUACAGUACUAUAGCUUCCCCAUUAGCAGAUCUAACUCGACUUGACACCCCUUGGGAGUGGACUGAAGAGUGUGAGGCGGCCUUUAGGAAACUGAAGUAUGCCUUAACACACUAUGAGGUUCUCAAACUUCCUGAUCCUGAUCAACACUUUGUCGUGACCACAGACACCAGCCAAUAUGGCAUAGGCGCGGUCCUUGCGCACAAGGAGGGGAAAAAGUUGAGACCGAUCGAGUACAUGAGCAAAAAGAUGCCAUCCCAGAAACUGGCUAGGUCCACUUAUAAGAGUGAGCUCUAUGCCCUGUACAGAGCGCUGGCCGUUGAACAUAUCAGAAAGUCUCAGGAUGCUAUGAUCACAUCUGAGAAUAAACAUAGACGGCCAUCUAACUUUCAGGUAGGUGAUAGAGUCUGGGUAAAGUCAUCUGAACUAGGUCAAGAGAUGGGGAUAUCAAGAAAACUGAUGCCACAGUAUUUUGGGCCCUGGGAGAUCUUGGAUAUUGUAGGGGAUCAACCAGAUGGGCCUUCAUACGUGAUCCGUAUUCCUGCACACCUACGCACUUACCCUGUGUUCCAUGCUUCCAAGUUGGCACCUUUCGCUGCUACAGAGCAGUUUCCUUCAAGAAGAUCAAUGCUUCCCCCAACCAUGGACGGCGAGGUGGACAUCGAUCAGAUUGUGGAGCAUCGAAUGAUGCCUGUUCCUCGACCAUCAGGCAGAGGGCGCCCUCCUAAACCGAGAAUGCAGUAUCGUGUGAGCUUCAGACAUCACCUCGAUCCCAAGGAAGAUCGUUGGUUCACACGAGAGGAACUCAUGAGAACAACACCUCAAGUGAUUGCAGGCUAUGAAAGAGAACGAAAAGGGAAGAUGCCUGCAUAAUAAGAGACUUCUCAGAGGACUAACGAAGUAAAGGAGGAGGGAAUGC